CUCUUUCGACAUUUAUGGCAGCCGCUUUUUCUCGGCGGUCUCUAAUGUUAUUUUUUAGGCUUUACAGGUCCUUUUUGUCGGUGUUCAGAGCAAAUAUUAUAUUUUGUUGGGUUUUAAAAGCCAUUUCCGAAUGAUGGCUGCUUCAGCGCUACCGCGGAUGCUCAGCAAGGGGCUACUUGGUAGGAAGCUUGUUGGCAUCACACCCCUGGCCUCAUCAGUCAGGAACCUGAAUCUGCUUGAGUACCAGAGCAAGGAGCUUCUGGACAAGCAUGGAGUCACUGUGCAAAAGUUCAAAAUGGCAGAGUCUGCUGAGCAGGCCAAAGAAGCAGUCAAGACUUUCACCCCAGCGGAGUAUGUCAUCAAAGCCCAGAUUUUGGCUGGAGGCCGAGGCAAGGGCACAUUUGACAAUGGCUUCAAGGGCGGUGUGCACCUGACCAAACAGGCGGGUGACGUGCCGAUGCUGGUCUCCUCGAUGGCCGGCCACCGACUGGUCACCAAGCAGACGCCCAAGGACGGCAUCCUGGUCCGCAAGGUGAUGGUCGCUGAGUCAGUGGACAUCCUCCGCGAGACAUACUUCUGCAUCCUCAUGGACAGAGAGUACAACGGUCCGGUAGUGAUCGCCUCCCCGGACGGCGGUGUCGACAUUGAGGAGGUGGCCGAAAAGACACCCGAACGGCUGCGGACGGUGCCUAUCGACAUCCACGAGGGUAUGACGGAGGAGACGGCCCGAGACCUGGCCGCCUUCCUCAACUUCCACGGCGAGCUGCAGGAUAAGGCUGCGGCGGAGAUCCAGGCGCUCUACCGUCUGUUUUUGGCUGUGGACGCCACCCAGGUGGAGAUUAACCCGCUGAUCGAGACGCCUCAGGGACAGGUGGUGGCCGUAGACGCCAAGAUUCAGUUCGACGAUAACGCGGCGUUCCGUCAGAAGGAGAUCUUCGCCAUGGAAGAUUCGAGCGAGUCUGACCCGCGUGAGGUGGAGGCGGCCAAACACAACCUCAACUACAUCGGCAUGGACGGCAACAUCGGCUGUCUCGUGAACGGCGCCGGCCUGGCCAUGGCCACCAUGGACAUUAUCAAGCUGCACGGCGGUGAGCCGGCCAACUUCCUCGACUGCGGCGGCGGAGUGCAGGAGGAGCAGGUCAAGAGCGCCUUCCAGCUACUCACCAACGACAAGAACGUAAAGGCGAUCCUGGUGAACGUGUUCGGCGGCAUCGUCAACUGCGCCACCAUCGCCAACGGCAUCGUCAACGCCUCCAAGUCCAUCAGCCUGGACCUGCCGCUCGUCGUCCGACUGGAGGGUACAAACGUAAAUGAGGCGCGCAAGAUCCUGGCCGACUCUCAGCUACCGAUCAAGACGGCCACCGAUCUGGAUGACGCCGCGAUGAAGGCUGUGGCCAGUCUGUAGGAGCCUCUCUAGAAGCCUCUGCGGCGCGGGGCGCCAGGGGCGGCCGGUGCCGCAGCCGGCCUGUUGGCGUCCUGUGGUGGAGCUGAUGGCCAGGUGGGAUCUCUGGGAGAGGUGUGGCGGCAGUGUGUGACCGCCCCGGGAGCGCCCCGUGUGAGGGCUCCCCGCCGGAACGGUGAUGGGUGCCUCUCGUAGCCAUACGCCGCCGGGAGUUCCGAGUGGCUCUGUGCGAAUGUCAAUAGUGAGGGGUGUUACAGAAUGGUAUUGUUUUGUUGGUGCUAGCUGAAUGAGGCCUUUGUAAUAUUUGAGACGUUUCGGUGAUUUUUUCCAGUAUACUUUCUCACAUGGUGACAUUCCAGACACUGGGCCACGUCAUUGUGUGAUAUGGUGCGGCGUUUAAACCGCAAUGGUGCCUCAAAUAUAUCCCGGUGAACAUGGACA